AUGGAUUUCACAAAAAUUUCCUUGGUCCUUUUCCUUUGCCUCUUAGGUCCUUGUAGAGGCGAUGGAAAUCCAAGAGAUGGUGGAUCGGUCAAAAGCAUUGUGACACCAGAUUUUUUUAACAACAUUAUCAACCAAGCUGGUAAAGGCUGCACGGUAAAAAAAUUCUACACCCGCAACUCUUUCAUUUACGCUGCAAAUACUUUUCCCAACUUUGCUAAUUCCGUUACUAGACGUGAAAUCGCUACCAUGUUUGCUCAUGUCACUCACGAGACUGGACACUUAUGCUACAUAGAAGAAACAAAGAAAAGGUCACGUGGCAGAUGCGACGAGAACGUAGAGCAAAGGCCAUGUCCGAGCAAAGGUCACUUCAGUCGUGGUCUGAGUCUCAAUCUCGACCUUUUACGCCAGCCUGAGCUUGUGGGUAGCAACCCAACUAUAGCUUUCAGUAAGGGUUUGUUGUUUUGGGUUAAUAGCGUAAGGCCGGUACUGAACGAAGGAUUUGGAGCCACCAUAAAAGCCAUCAAUGGAAUGGAAUGUAAAGGUGGGAAUCCAGGUGCGGUCAACGCAAGGAUUGGGUACUAUAGAGACUAUUGUAGACAGCUUGGUGUGGAUCCUGGUCCUAACCUUAGGUGCUAA